GUGUUUGGGGUUGUGUGGUGUUUUCGGCGUCGAACGAAUGUAGCUCGCUCGCCAUGUCGUCUGACGAGCUAAACUCUGCCGUGUGUGGGGGCCUUGCGCCGCUCUUCGAAUGGAGAGGGCUGAAACAUCCGAAGCACUUGGACUUUCAGCAGUUCCUGGAGAGCCUCUGCGUGUCGCCGCUAGUGCCGCAGGAGGUGCUGGAGGUGGCGCGGAAGGCCCACGGUUUGCCCUACCCGCCCCACUGGUCCGAAGAGGUGGAUGCCGCCUCAGGCGCGCUGUACUUCUUCCACGACCUUAGGGAGGAAUCCUCUUGGCAGCAUCCGCUGACGGACACUUUCCGUGAGGUCUUGCAGCAGGUUUGCUCCUGCUCCGAAGAGAAGCUGCGGCUGGACCGACUUGCGGCGCGCAUCGAAGAAGUUCUCACUGAGAUCCAGGCUCGGGCGGCUGCUGACCUUCAGCAGUGGAUCGGACCCUUGGGCGAGGCCUCAGAGCAGUAUUUCUACAACAGCGUCACGGGCUGCAGCACUUGGGAAGAUCCUUGCGAGCGGUGGAGGUACGACAUCCACGUUCGCUACGACUUGCUGGUAGGCUUUCUGGUGUCACAGGAGCGCAGCGCGGCUCGCGAGGCUGUGCCAGAUAUGACUCAUACGCUGACCUCUUUGGCAUCCUCCAUGAGCUCCGUGCAGAGCAUCCUGGCGAACUCUCUGACCAACCCCAGCGCUCACUGCGCGGACCCGGAUGAUCCCGAGGCCAGCGGAGCCCGCUGGGCCAGGCCGCGGCACCGGCGCAGCUGCCUGCCGCUCCCGCCAAAGGCCACCGGCGCAGCGCCCCGGCGCGCCCUCUUCUCCAUGCCGCCGCACCAGCAGCAAUACGCCUCCCAGGUCCGCGAGUCCACGGGGAAGCGCCCGCCGCCCCCGCCGCCACCUCCGCCGGGGCCGCCCUCGCGCUGA